GCCUCAUGCGAUAGUGCAGCGAUGGCAGAAAGAAGAAUUGAUCCCGAGGAUGGCAAGGCCAGAACUUUCGAAGAAGUUGUCAAGCGAUAUCAGUCCGAAUACUCCCCACAGCAGGUGAAGGACUACUGGGAGAGGCAAUGCAAGCCGGUGCCAGCGGACCCCUUCUUGACACACCUGCAGAGUGGUCAGGGAGGGCCUCGUUAUGGAACCCAGCCCGGCCUCUAUAUGCAGUCAGAUCAGGCCCCGACGGCCCCUGCAUCACAGGUGAACCUUGGGCAGGUGAAGCUAUCGGAGGAUCCCUUCAUGGCUGCUGCCUUCGCCACGCAGGGUCCUGGACAGGCCCCGCCGUACGCGCCGAGUGCAGAUCUUCCUCCACCGCCUCAUUUCACGGUGGCAGAGGACCCUGCGCAAGAUAAGCAGCCAGCGUAUGAAGGAGCAUACUCGUUCCUGGGCGCUGGCGAUAAGGAUCGACAACCUCGUGCGCGAACGAUCCUUGUCCUGGUUCCAGUCCUCAUCUUCCUCUGGGUCAGAGAUGAUUAUUUGGUGCAUGUUGGCUCACAUCUCCAUCAAUGCCUGCUGGCUGCGCAGAUGACGGUGACACUCUCGGUGGUCUCUGCAAGUGCCGUGACAAUGUGGUUCUACGGAAUGCGUUGGGGCCCCGUGUCCCUGGCAGCUCUGGGUUUCCUUUGCAUUGUUGCCAUCGUCAUGGGGACCCUUCUGGGACAGCAAGGAUGGGAUCAGCACUGGCGGCUCUUCUGGUGGAUGAACAUAGGGCAGCAGGAAGUUCCGCUGGGCCCUGAGAUGCCGGAAAGACUGUCGCAGCGACACCAGCGGGAGCACGCUCUGCUUGUCAACGGGACCUUCGACCACACCUCGGUGGAUUCUAGCCGAUCCGUUGGCUUCAAGGACACGCAGCUGUUCUGCGUAGCUCCGAUUCUCAGUCCAGACACGGCUGGCGCAGACUUCCCAAGAGUAAACUAUUGGGCCGUUGGCAUUGACUGCUGCAGCAAGUCUGGCUACUUUUCCUGCGAUGGCUCCCGGGACUCUGCAGCUGGCCACGGGGUCGUGCAGCUCGCCGGCGGCUUCCCGUGCCCUAGCUGCAACGUGGCAUCCUUUCAGAAGGCCAUCGCAAAGGCUGAAGCUACCUAUGGCCUGGUCAGCGCACCGGAUGCGCUACUGGUGCGAUGGGUUGAGCAUGCAUCUAGUACCAAGAUGCAUGCCGGGGUGUGGGCCAUCGGCUACCUCCUGAUCUGCAUGGUAUUUGGCAGCGUGUUCUUGUCCAUGCUCGGCUCGACCGCUUGGUACUAUGGCCUGGGCAAGAAGGCACCCAGCAUACAAGGCUUCUUCAGUGAGGGAUCGCCCGGUCGCUGUGCAAGCUCCAGCAAUGCAGGCACCCGGCCGAUGCCUACGGAGUUGAAAGAAUACCGGGUAAGUGCAACUCGCAUGGGUGGAAACGAGCUUCCGAACAAUCCCUCCCAGUGCUUCUACGAGAACCAAGUGGACGGCUACCCUUGUGACGACAAUAUCUUCUAUACCCUCAAUGACUCAUGCCAGAACGGCUUUUGCGAGGGCACCGCGGAUUUUUGUUUGGGGUACAAUGUAUCAUGUGAUCCACUGAGUUCGUGCUUGUCUGGCGGCGAGUGUCAUCCCUCUACCGGCCGCUGCACGUAUGACAAGUUGCCGGACGAAACACCUUGUGACGAUGGGAGGCAGUUUACUGUUCAGGACAUGUGCCAGAAUGGCCUAUGCGUAGGCCGUCCACAGGAUCUUUGCGAGCAGCGUGGGGUGGUGUGUGAGGCGCCGAACUGGUGCUAUGAUCCAGGCAGAUGUGAUCCGAAGACCGGGCUGUGCAGUGAACCAACACUGGCUCCUGCAUAUCGACCGUGCAAUGAUCAAGACCCCACCACAAGCAAUGACUCGUGCAUUGAAGGAGUUUGCAUGGGCAUGCUGGCCGACGGCUACGAGUAUCAGACCAUCGGCGCCGGCGAAUGUGUUGAUCGUGAGAAUCGGCGCAUGGCCCGUUAUGCGGGAGAUGUCAAGGAUCAGCGGGAAUGUGAGAGAAUCUGCACAGGCGAUCCGCAGUGUGCUGGAUACGCAUACAACUUUCCGUUGUGUAGCAUCUACGGCACGGUGCGCACAAAAAUUCCGAUGGAAAUGCCGACGUGGUCUUUCCAGGCGGGCACGGACCCCUUGGGUGUCAUCAUCGAAGCUUCGCAGGUGAUGACAGACGUGCAGAGACGCUCGAUCUGCCGGAGGAAAGGAGUGGUGCCGGAUCUGAUUGUGUCGCCUUCUGACGUCGAGGUGUCAGCGGACGAGUUCUUUUCACCGGUGAGGAUCGGAAUCUUCUUCCUGGUGCUCUUGGGCUGCUUCUUUGCCUUGCCACUCACGGACUAUAUCUCCAGGCUUCUGAAAUGCAGGAAGGAUCCUCUCGAGGAGAUUGCUUCGCAGGUCGCCCAGGAUCCGGCGCAGUAUGAUGAAAGUCCCCACACUGAGAAGGGGUACGGCGAAGAUCAGCUUGCCCUCGAGCAGGAGGAGUAUCCGGGAUUGGAGGGCCUUCGAGACACAGCCAACGCCGACGAUCCCGUUCUGCCGAACGAG